GGGUCCAUGAGUCAAGAUUCAGUAUAUAUUAUUGCUCGAUACAAGGACUGCGCAGUGAAGAUAACCGAAUGCAUCCUCAGGCAUUGAUAUACAACUAGAACCAGUCAAUUAGCUUCCUAUCUUUGACCUACAAGCCACGUGUUUGACAAGUCAAUCAGCUACAAUAUCACAAUAUCAUCCACAUAAUUGAUUAGCAUCAACCCUGAUGGCCAAUGAGGCCAAGUAGAGAACCGACAGCCAAGAGGUUCCUAUUCCUCCAGUCACCAAUCACGACAAGCCCUCAUGCCAAGGCAGGACAUCCACCGAGACAUACUCCCUCGUCGCCGUUAGAAGAAGGUUGUAUGCCUCAAAGGGGUAGUUGCAAUCUCGCGUCUUGCCAGGAUCGUCGGUAACCCUCCACGACUUACUGCCGAAUCUGGAUAGCAUGUUUGCGACGAAUAGGCUGUAGGCUACGCCGACUGACGACUUCACUGGCCAGGCGCGGCUGUACCAAAUCAAAUCAAAUUACAAUGCUGAUGGCCGGCCACAUACACAUAAUGUACAUGCAUUGCAUGGGUCAGUU